GAUUAUGUCAAAGCUUUAAACAGAGUCCCCGUUCUCUGCCCCACCCCCUGCCCCUAUAUAACACAUGCUGCAUUAGCCAUACCUGCUCUUACCCAGUCGGUGGUGGGGUGUGCGUGUCUGCUCCUUGCCCCUGCCAUGGAUGCUCUUGCCGGCAGCCCCCUUGGAUGGCUCUGCGUGGGCAUCACCGCGCUUUUUGGGGUGACCAUCCUCUGCAGGGCCAAGAGGAGCCUGGCAGGGAAAGCAAAUGUGCUGGCGUGGAGCCUCCUGCCCGUCUUGCUGGGGCUGCUGUGCAUGGCCACGCUGGGGGCUGGCAGGGGGCUGGUGGCGUGCGCCGCGUGCCUCAUCUCCUCCAUGUACCUGGGCAGCAGGGAGCUGCUGCCCGUGGGCGACAAAGCCGUGCUCAUCACAGGGACACCUGGAAAUAGAUUUGCCUAGCAGGCUUUUAUACAGGGAUCAAACACAAAAGCGAGAAGAGGAUGGGAUAAGCAGCAAGUUCUCCUCUCCUGCUUUAUCUCCCCCUGGGUUCCUCCCCACAGGAAGCGAUACUGGGAUUGGACAUGCACUGGCUAAAUACCUGGAUAACCUGGGUUUCGUUGUGUUUGCUGGGGUUUUGAAUAAGGAUGGACCUGGAGCUGAGGAACUGAGACGGACCUGUUCUCGGAGACUUUCUCUCCUGCAGCUGGAUAUAACCAAUGCCACUCAAGUCCAGGAAGCCUAUCUAAAAGUCUCAAAAAAGGUGCAAAAUACAGGACUCUGGGGAGUCGUGAACAAUGCAGGCAUCCUGGGUUUCCCUGCUGAUGGCGAGCUGCUCCCCAUGAACACCUACAGGCAGUGCAUGGAGGUGAAUUUCUUUGGGGCUGUAGAGGUGUCCAAGACCUUCCUACCUUUACUUCGGAAAUCCCAGGGGAGGCUGGUUAACAUGUCCAGCAUGGCAGGAGGCAUUCCACUACCAAGAUAUGCUGCAUAUGGUGCAUCAAAAGCAGCUCUGUCCAUGUUUUCUGGAGUAAUGAGGCAAGAGCUUUCCAAAUGGGGAAUUAAAGUUGCUGCAAUUCAUCCGUCAGGCUUCCGAACAGGUAUACAAGGCACGUCUGACCUGUGGGAUAAGCAAGAAAAGGAGCUGCUGGAGAACCUGCCAGCGGACACAAGGCAAGCCUACGGAGAGGACUACCUCCUGGGGCUGAAGAGCUACCUCCCGCGGAUGCCCACGUACUGUGACGCCAACCUCUCCCCGGUGCUGAGCGCUAUCCUGCAGGCUCUGCUGGCCAAGAGACCACGCGGCUUGUACACGCCUGGCAAGGGGGCUUACAUGCCCCUCUGCAUCUUCUGCUACUUUCCCCUCUGGUUCUAUGACUUUUUCAUUAGGAAGAUGCUGAGUACUGACUCUGUCCCAAGGGCACUGAGAACACCAGAAGCUGAAAGCAAGAAUCUCUAAGGUGUCCAGCAGCUUUUAUCUUACUUGAUGAGAUAACUGGGAAAAACUCUUAUUUUAAGGCGCUGCUAUUUAUUGUACUGUCUUUGUUCAACUGCAUUUACACUGCCUUGCAAACAGAGGUGAAUCUUUGUGUGAAGAUUAAUGUUCAGGAAAAGCAGUGGAUAAAUAGAAAGCUAUCCCCAGGUGGGCAUUUUUGGAGGAAUUCCCAUGUUUUUCUGAUGUCUUUGUAUCCUGCCUUCUGUGUUACGGUAUUUUACGAGGUUAUAUAGUCUCUGUCUGCUUCAAAAAGCACCACCAACACACAGACAGAUAUAUGACCUGUUUUUUAAAACAAACAAAAAAAAAAUCUUGAGAGUCAACAACCUUGUUAAGAGUUAAAGGAGUUGCAUGUAUUCCUAUCAUUGGAGAGAUUUAGGAGUGUCUAAUGCAAAACUUCCUCACUGCAGCUUCAGCCUAAUAUGUUUGGGGUUGUUUUGGUUCUGUUGCUGGUGUACCUGAGAAAUGAUUGACCUUUUUCCCCCAAAAUUUUGUGAAAUAUAGUUGUGAUGCUUAUAAUGUGUCCUCUUUGCUAGACUGAGCAACGUAAAUUAGUUGGGGGCAAAACGAACAGAGGCAGAUCAAGACCUUCAUGAAGAAGCAAACAAUCUCCUUCCUAUGGUAUUAGACAAAGUAAUAGUAAGUACAUCAGCUGCUAAUUUGGCAUGACUGUCUUGGUCAUUCUAUGCGUUGCCUGUAUAUGCCUGUCCUUCUUUAAAUACUAGUAAACUCUGAUUUCACUUCU